AUGUCGUCGUUUUUAGGUUAGUUUUCAAAAUUCCCUAGAAUUUAAUACAGGACGUUUACAUAGCGCAACAUUUCAAAGUAUGACCUUCAAAAAUCGUCUAAAACUAAAAAUAGUUCAUCUUCUUCCGUCCCCCAUUAAAUUUUUCGUUUUUCAAAAAAUGGACGAGUAAAAAACUAGACAAGAUCAAAAAACCCAACGAGAAUCGAUCGUUUUAUUUACCUGUCAACAUGAAAGGGGGAGAGAACAACAAAAAUUCGCCCUUGAAACUUGUUUUCAUCUAACUACUGCGUCCGCCCAAAAUUGAAUUGAAAUCGACACACACAAGUUAACUUUUUUGAAAAAUAAAAAGUUACUUUCCUAGUCUAUUUCCACUAAAUAAUAUUUUGUCUGGGAGCGGAAGAAGAAGAAGCUUAUUUAUUAUAUUAAUAUUUGACCGGUCAGCUUUCUGAGAAAGCUGCGCAAGACGACGAAAAAUGUAAGCGGGUUUUGCAAAAAGAGAGGCUUUUGUUUAUUUUUCUCGUUUUUUUCAUGGAAAUUCGCGGUUUUUCGUGGAUUUGGACGAGAAAAUUUAAAUUUUAAAGUAGAUUUGCUAGUUUUCUCUGGUUUCCGACCGGAACAUCGAAUUUUCAGCCAGUUUCCUGGUUUCGAACGAAAAUUCAUCAUUUUCAGUAGAUUGUUCAAGCUUCUAGACAAAAGUUAGGCUCUGAAAUCAUUUCCGACGUGUUUUCAUGCUAAAUUCACGAGAUUUGGUUGAAAAUCUAAGUUUUCAGCUAGAUUUCCCAGGUUUCGUGUCAAAAAUUGGCUUAGGCUUAUCGAAAAUCAUAAUUUUCUGGAUUUCUGGCUGAAAAUUCGAAAUUUUUGAAAAUUACAGUCAAAAUCUAAAUGCGUUGCGUAUGCGUCGCGGUCUAGUAUUUCACUAGAACCGUGACGCAACCGCAACGCUUGCUGAAAAUUGAAAUUUUCUAUCGUAUUUAGCGUCUUUCUAUUUUUCAUUAUGAAAACCUUUGAAAAAUAUCGAAUUUUUCAGGGAAGACAUGGGGAAAAAGGACAAAAAAUCGGAGUUAAAUGACCUCAAGCAGGAGGUCAAAAUGGACGAGCACACGAUUCCCAUCGAGGAACUCGUGACUCGUCUCGGCUCAAACCUCGAAACCGGUUUGACACGCGCCAAAGCCGCCGAAGUGCUCCAAAAGAACGGACCCAACGCAUUGUCGCCACCAGAAACCACGCCAGAAUGGAUCAAAUUCUGCAAGAAUUUGUUCGGCGGUUUCGCCAUGUUGUUGUGGGUUGGAGCGAUUUUGUGCUAUAUAGCGUAUUCUGUCGAUUAUUUCACCAUGGAAUAUCCAAGCAAGGAUAAUGUGAGUUUGAAGCAAAAAAUGCUCGAAAAUUCGAUCUGAGAGUCGUAAAAAUCGAUAAUUUUGGUCCUCCAUGUCUAAAAUUCAAAAAAAUUUACCUGAAUUUAAAUAUAGGACGAAAAAGAACCUGUGAGCGAAGAUCUAAAGCUUCAAAAUUGGAAUAAUCAAUAAUUUUGACUCAAAAAUGAUUUUUUUUUUGAAAAAUCAAGCUUCAGAAAAUCGGUUUUCAGUAAAUCAAACAGAAGAAUCAUUUUCUGAAGCUAGAUUUUUCAAAAAACAUUUUUUGGUCAACAUUAUCGAUUAUUCUAAUUUUCAAGCUUCAUAUCUUUGCUCACAGGUCCAUUUUCGCUCUAUAUUUAAAUUCAGGUAACUUUUUCGAAUUUUAUCCCAAAAUUAUCAAUUUUUUGCCCUACAAGCCCAUCAGGCCCCUUUAAAAAAUCCAAAUUUUCCAGUUGUACCUCGGUAUUGUACUUAUGACUGUCGUUAUCAUUACCGGAUGCUUCCAAUACUAUCAAGAAAGCAAAUCGUCGAAAAUUAUGGACUCUUUCAAAAACAUGGUUCCAACUGUGAGUUUUAUAUCAAUUCUGGAGAUUUUUUGAACUGGAGGACUAGAAAUUUUUUUGGCUUUCUAGGCCAUGAAAAAUCAAAUCUAGAUUUCUAGGCCACUUCAAAAUCAUAAUCUAUUUUCCAGUUCGCCAUCGUUCACCGUGACGGACAAAAACAACAAAUCCGUACCGAAGAAUUGGUAGUUGGAGACAUCGUCGAAGUCAAAGGUGGAGAUCGUGUUCCAGCCGAUAUUCGUGUCAUCUCAGCCUUCGGAUUCAAAGUCGAUAAUUCCUCAUUGACCGGAGAAUCGGAACCACAAUCCAGAUCACCAGAUUGCACCAACGAGAAUCCAUUAGAAACCAGAAACAUUGCAUUCUUCUCAACAAAUGCUGUUGAAGGAACUGCUAAGGGAAUUGUCAUCUACACUGGUGACAAUACUGUUAUGGGAAGAAUUGCUCAUUUGGGUGAGUUUUGACAGAAAAAUGGUGGAUUUUGAGCUCUAAACCUUGAUUUUUGAAAAAUAAUCUGAGAAUUUUAUUCAAAUGUUGAAUUAAAAUUGUACACAAAUUUCAUAAGCUUUUUGAAACAGUAUAAAUUUUAUUCAGAAAAGAAAGACAAAAGUUUUUUUGAAAAUCUGAAAUUCAUCUCACAAGUCUGAGGCCAGAAAAUUUUAUGAUUUUUUGAAAAAUCUGAAAAUUUUACUCAAAUUUUCAACCAAAAAAUUGAACUUCAAAGAAAUUUCUCUGAAAAUCCAAUCAAAAUCUCGAAAUUUCAGCCUCUGGACUUGACACUGGAAUGACACCAAUCGCCCGUGAAAUCGAACAUUUCAUCCAUUUGAUUACCGGAGUCGCUGUCUUCCUCGGAAUCUCAUUCUUCAUCAUUGCUUUCAUUUUGGGUUAUCACUGGCUUACAGCUGUCGUUUUCUUGAUUGGUAUUAUUGUCGCAAAUGUACCAGAAGGACUUAUCGCAACUGUUACCGUAUGCUUGACAUUGACUGCCAAAAGAAUGGCCAGCAAAAAUUGUUUGGUCAAAAAUUUGGAGGCUGUUGAGACACUUGGAUCAACAUCCACAAUUUGCUCUGAUAAGACUGGAACUUUGACACAAAAUCGAAUGACUGUUGCUCAUAUGUGGUAUGAUCAAGUGAUUCAUGAGUGUGAUACAACUGAGACUCAAACUAGUCAAGAAAAGAGAACUGGAGAAAGCUUUGAGGUGAGAAAUUCGGGGUUUUUUGAGCUAGAACAAGGAAAAUUUGGAUAAUCUUGAAGUUUUGACCAGAAAUUUGAGAAAUUCGGGAUUUUUUGACCCAGAAAUAAGAAAAUAUUGGAGUUUCCGAGUUUUUAAAGCAAAAAUUUUAGGGUUUCAUAAAAUUUGCGCUUUUUUUUAAUUUUUAGAUUUUUCUGGAGUUCCUGACCCGAAAUUCGGGAUUUUUUUUGACUCAAGAAUGUGAAAAGCUGGAAAAUUCCGGCUAAUUCGCUAUUUUUGAACCAAGUUUUCAGAUUUUUGGUAAAAUUUGAGCUAACAUAAGUUGCAAUUUUUUAACUGAUUGUGAAAUAUGGAAUUUUCAGCUUUUUCUAGAUUUUCUGACUUAAAAUUCGAAAAAUUCGGAAUUUUUAGACCCAGGAAUAGGAAAAGCUGGAAAAUACUGAAAAUUUCGCUAUUUUUGAACCAAGUUUUGAGAUUUUUGGUAAAAUUUGAGCUAAGUUGCAAUCUUUAAACUGAAAUCUGGAAUUUUCAGCUUUUUCUAGAUUUUCUGACUUGAAAUUCGGGAUUUUUUGAUUCUUGAAUUUAAUGAAAGUUCUUAUUUUUCUAAAAAUUUCUUAAAAAUGUAGGAACUUACUGAAAGUCAGUUAAAAGUGUCUCGAAAAGAAAAAUUCCGGAGUUCCGCGCUCUACCGCAAGCCUCUCAACUCUUUUUUAUUUCCAGGCCCUUGUCCGCAUCGCCUCAUUGUGUAACCGUGCCGAAUUCAAAGUCGGUCAACAAGACACCCCAAUUCUUCGUCGUGAUUGCACUGGUGACGCCUCCGAAAUUGCUCUUUUGAAAUUCACCGAACUCACCCAAGGAAACGUCAUCGCGUUCCGUGAACGUCAUCCAAAAAUCGCCGAAAUUCCCUUCAACUCCACAAACAAAUAUCAAGUCUCGAUUCAUGAUAACGGAGAUCAAUAUUUGUUGGUAAUGAAAGGAGCUCCUGAACGAAUUCUCGAUGUUUGCUCGACGAUUUUGUUGAACGGCAAAGAAGUUCCACUUGACGAGAAAUUGAGAAACGACUUCAAUACCGCUUAUUUGGAAUUGGGAGGAAUGGGAGAAAGAGUUUUGGGAUUCUGCGAUUUCGUAUUGCCAAGUUCCGAAUUCCCAAAAGGCUUCAAAUUCGAUGUCGAAGAGGUUAAUUUCCCAUUGAAGAACUUGAGAUUUGUUGGACUUAUGUCUAUGAUUGACCCUCCAAGAGCUGCUGUCCCAGACGCUGUUGCCAAAUGCCGAAGUGCUGGAAUUAAAGUAGUCAUGGUAACUGGAGAUCACCCGAUUACAGCCAAAGCUAUUGCCAAAUCUGUUGGAAUUAUCAGCGAGGGAACUGAAACUGUUGAAGAUAUUGCGAUUCGCAAAGGUGUUGCUGUUGAUCAAGUUGAUCCAAGAGAAGCGAAAGCUGCGGUUAUUCAUGGAUCUGAUCUCCGUGAGAUGUCUGAAGAUCAAUUGGCUGAUAUUAUUCGUCACCACAGUGAAAUUGUUUUCGCUAGAACUUCGCCACAACAAAAAUUGAUGAUUGUUGAAGGAUUCCAAAAGCAAGGUGAGCUGAGAUUUUGAAAAUUCGAAAAUGUUCACUCGAAAGCUGAAAAUCUAUGUUUUUCAUAAAAUUGUAUAUUCCAAAAAGAUCUAGAUCGAAAUUUGGCUGGUUUUCUUUCGAGUCCAGACAUAACCAGAAUUUUUCAGUUUUUCAUGAAAUUCUGAAUUUUUUGAGUCAAAAUUUUCGUUGAUCAGUCAAGCAACCGGAAAAUUUGGAUUUUUAAUGAAAUUUCGGAAUUUUGGAGUCUAAAUUUGCCUUGAAACCUGGAAAUUUGGAUAUUUCUCGAAAUUUUGAAUUUUUCACCCCCGAAGCCUGAAAAUUCGAAUUUUUAACUUUAGCUGAAAAAUGACGGCUUUUAAACCUAAAUAUAGCCUAAUUGUUUACUCUAGAACCCUAAAAACUUUCUGGAAAUUUUUGAUUUUUCAAAAUUUAACAAAAUUCAGCAGUGCAAUAUUUAGACUCGAAAUAACGCUCUUAACAUGAGCAAUACCAAAUUUGGACUAAAAAUGAAGCCCAGGCUUAUCCAGUCUCAAAAAAUUCUAUUUUUUUCAGGUCAAAUCGUCGCCGUAACAGGAGAUGGUGUCAAUGAUUCGCCAGCUUUGAAGAGAGCCGAUAUUGGAGUUGCAAUGGGUAUUGCUGGAUCAGAUGUUUCGAAACAAGCCGCUGAUAUGAUCCUUUUGGAUGAUAACUUUGCCUCAAUUGUUGUUGGAGUUGAAGAAGGAAGAUUGAUUUUCGAUAACUUGAAAAAAUCCAUCGCCUACACCUUGACCUCAAAUAUCCCAGAAAUCUCACCAUUCUUGACAUAUAUCUUGUUCGGAAUUCCAUUGCCACUCGGAACUGUUACUAUUUUGUGUAUUGAUUUGGGAACUGAUAUGGUUCCAGCUAUUUCAUUGGCUUACGAAGAAGCUGAAUCGGAUAUCAUGAAACGUCAACCACGUGAUCCACUCCAUGAUAAACUUGUGAAUGAAAGAUUGAUUUCGUUGGCUUAUGGUCAAAUUGGUAUGAUUCAAGCGUCGGCUGGAUUCUUUACCUAUUUCUGGAUUAUGGCUGAUAAUGGAUUUAUGCCAUGGGAUUUGUACCAACUUCGUGCUCAAUGGGAUUCGAGAGCUUAUAACAAUGUUUUGGAUUCGUAUGGACAAGAAUGGGUGAGUUUUUGCUGAUUUUUUGAGACCAAAUGUGCCUUGAAACCUGAAGAAUUGAAUAAUUCAUGAAAUUUUGAAUUUUUCGAGUCUGAACAUGGCUAAAACCCCUGAAAUUUUUGGAUUUUUAAUGAAAUUCUGGAUUUUUAGACAAGUUUUAAUCCAAAAAACAUAGAAUUUUAGAAAAAUUGCUCAAAAUUUAAAAUCUCUAGUUUUCAAGGCAAACGAAAAAUUCAGAAUUAAAAAAAAAUCAGAUUCUAUGCAUAUUUUGCAUCCAAAUAUUCAGAAUAAGACAAGAAUUCCAAAUUUUCAUCAAGAUUUCAUUAAAAAAUCCAAUUUUCAUAAUUUUCCAGACCUAUGCCAACCGUAAAAUCCUCGAAUACACUUGCCAAACCGCCUACUUCGUCUCAAUCGUCGUUGUCCAAUGGGCCGAUUUGAUCAUCUCAAAAACCCGUAGAAACUCAUUGGUCCAACAAGGAAUGUCCAACUGGACCUUGAACUUUGGUCUUGUCUUCGAAACCGCUUUGGCCUGGUUCAUGUGCUAUUGUCCAGGAUUGGAUAACGGUCUCCGAAUGUACGGCUUGAGAUUCUCAUGGUGGUUCUGCGCUUUGCCAUUCUCCAUCUUGAUCUUUGUUUAUGAUGAAGUUCGUCGUUAUUUGAUCAGAAGAUAUCCAGGAGGAUGGGUUGAACGUGAGACCUAUUAUUAA